AUGGCAAUACUGACAGUUUCUCCUGAAAAGCGGUGCUGGGUAACCUUGGUGACAAGGCCAUCGUAUCUACCAGGGGUUGUUGUCUUGGCUCAUACUCUCGAUCAGCACAAGUCUAGUCACCCUUUGUUGGUGCAGUACACGGACUCGUUGGGAGACAAGGCUCUCGACGUCCUCCAAGAAGAAGCCAAGCACUCUGGCCGAAUACAACUGCAAAGAGUUCCCCUUUUGCUGCCGAGGAAGGACCAGGAGAACACUGCCAGUGUGGCUGAACGUUUCAAGGACACAUUUACCAAACUCCGAGCCUUCGAGAUCUACAAGCUAGGCUUUACAAUGGCCGUCUUUCUUGAUGCCGAUAUGGCGAUCUUCCAAAAUCCCGACGACAUCUUUGAAUGCAGCUUACCAGGUCGAGGAUGGAUCGGGGCCAAUCACGCCUGUGUGUGUAACCUGGAUAGCGAUCCAUGGGCUCCGUCUGAGUGGCACAAGGGAAAUUGUGCCUAUACGCCCUUGAACCACCCUGACGAGGUAGCUCCAGCGAUGACCUCCGAAAGCCGACCCACAUAUCAUCUCUUGAACAGCGGCAUGUUUCUCUUCUACCCCUCGGAACAGUUGUGGGAUAGGAUGCUUCGUUUCUUCAACUCCAGCGAUGAGCUCAAGAACUAUCAAUUCCCGGAUCAGGACUUCCUCGCCGAUUUUUUUCGUGGGAAGUGGCAUCCACUAUCCUGGAAAUACAAUGCCCUCAAGACUAUGAGAUAUUGGCAUCCUCGAAUGUGGUCUGAUGAUACGCUGAUCAAAUGCCUUCUCUUCGACUGUGACAACACCCUCGUGCUUUCUGAGGACAUUGCUUUCGAUGUCUGCAGUGAGAUCGUCAACGAGAUUCUGGAGAGGAAAGGCAUUGCCACUCGGUAUACGUCCGAAGACCUGAUCUCGCAAUUCGUCGGCCUUAACUUUCGCAACAUCAUGGCCGUGCUGCAGCAACAGCUCGGCUUCACUCUAGACCCCGAAGAAUUGCGAGGGUACAUCAAGCUCGAAGAGGAUCGUGUGAUUGCAAAUAUCGAGGCGAAAGCGACGGCAUGCCCUGGGUCGAUUGAGAUUCUCCAAACCCUCCAUUCGCAGGGCAAAUACAAGUUGGCCGUCGUUUCCUCCUCGAGCAUUCGACGCAUCAAAGCAUGUCUUGUGACAGCCGGCCACGACAGGUUCUUUCACCCGGCCAACAUCUUCUCGGCUGCCGAUUCGCUGCCUUGUCCAACCAGCAAGCCAAAUCCUGCCGUCUACCUCCACGCCAUUAAGCACCUUGGAGCCAAUGCAAACGAAUGCCUGACUACUGAGGACAGCAAGUCUGGGGUACUGGCGGCUGUGAAUGGGAAGAUACCAUGUCUGGGAUAUGUUGGUUCUACACACACAAGAGGACAGAAGCAUGAGAUGGCCAACCACCUGCUCGCAACUGGGUGCAAGGGCAUCAUGUUGGAUUGGAGUGAGUAUGAGAAGUUGUUGGCUCAGAUCGAGGCUAAACAGUGA